UUCAAUUGAUAUCUUGUUUUUGGUGUAGACAAUCAUGGCUAAAUUCGUUCUUCUGGGCAUUCUGUGCUGGGCGCUGACGGUGGUUUCCGUUCUUGGGGUAAUUGGUGAAAAAAGUCGCAAAAUAUGCGAAAACAAGUAUAGUGUGGCCUGUUUGAAAAUGGAAAUCGUGUCGUUCCUGGAGCGAGUUUCGGACCAGAACGAGGUUGAUCUUACCUCCGGAAUCAGCGUGGUUCGGGACAGUGACGUGAAUGUGACCAAAACGGCGGAAAUAAUUUCCGAGGUGUCCCGCAUUUUUCCUACGGAUCCCAACAAACGGUUGGACGAGUUUUUGGUCAUGAAGCUGAAUGACUAUCUCAGAACGCAUUCGCUCCGGUUGAAACUGCUCGAUGGGGAAGCGAUGGAGAGGGCCAAUGCCGUUUUUGAAGGGCGCAAAAAGUUGAAAAAAGGAGGAAUGGCCACCAUGCUUGCCGCAGCGAUGAUGAUGAAAGGAACCCUUGCCGCGGUUGCCCUCGGAGCUGUGGCAGCGAUAGCCGGGAAAGCUCUGAUGACGGGACUGCUCGCGCUAACGCUUGCCGCCAUCAUGGGCUUGAAGUCUUUGGCCGGAGGCGGUGGAGGCGGCCACAAAUCGACAACCUAUGAAAUCGUCGCUAAACCGAUGUACUCCCAUUCGCACUCGGAAGGUCAGGAGGAUUUGGGCCACAGCUACGGUUCCGUUGGCGGAGGAGGCUGGGGUCGAUCGCAGAAAGUGUCCGACAAUGGUCCGGAAUAUUUCGUUCGACAAAAGUAUCAUCGGCGUUAGCGAACCAAGGCGGAAACAUCACGGUGCGUUUCCAUAAUAUCUCACCGGUCACAAGCUAUGCGCCUGAAGUGUAGGCAAUUCCUAUUAGACUAAAACGAUCCUAUGAAAAGUGAAGAUUUUAUAGCGGUUGACUUUAU